CUCCACACCCACUACUGCAAGUGUUACAGUAGUACUGGAACUACAGAGAGCAUCUACACCCUGAGUCCUGCUGGUCACACAGGAGGAUAUGUGUGUAGAGCUGGGAGAGGAGACCCAGUCUAUGACACACUCUACAGUGAACCUCAGUUUCUCUGGUCAGGAGAUCUGCAGCCUUCAGUGUCUCUCAGAAUAAGUCCCAACACAACUCAACACUUUAGAUCAAAGUCUCUCUCACUGAGCUGUGAGGAGAAGGGGAACUCUACUGGAUGGAGACUGAUGAGAUACACAGAGAGAGGAGUAGAGUCAGGGUGUGUCUCUAACUGGGGAUCAAUAACAGGGUCCACAUGUACCAUCAGUUACACCUACACAUGGUACAGUGGAGUGUUCUGGUGUGAGUCUGGAUCCGGAGAGUACAGUAAUGCUGUAAAUAUCACAGUGGAUGCUGGUGAUGUGAUCCUGGAGAGCCCUGCCCAUCCCAUGACUGAAGGAGACUCUGUGACUCUGCACUGCAAAUACCGGACAAACAGCUCAACCAUCAAGGCUGAUUUCUACAAAGAUGGAGUACUCAUCAAGAAUGAGACCACAGGAGAGAUGACCAUCCCUGCAGUAUCCAAGUCAGAUGAAGGAUUCUACAAAUGCAAAUCCCCUGACAAGGGAGAAUCACCAGAGAGCUGGAUGACAGUGAGAGUCGUAUCUCCUGGAUCCUCUACAUCAGUCCUAGUAGGAGUGGUUGUGGGUCUGGUUGUUGCUGGUGUUCUACUGGUCAUUCUCCUGGUCCUGCUGUGGAGAUUUAAAAAUGGCAAAGUUCCUGUUUUAACAGAAUAUUCUUGAACCCCCAGCCCCAGAGCACCAACCAGGACCCCCAACAGGACCAAGGAUCUACCCAGGGCUGGGCUCCUGAUGCUGGGUAUACACUUCUGCAGCCUGGUAGUGCUCACAUCUACGACAUGAUCAAUCCCUCAGACAACAAUGUUAAUGAUGCUGCUGCUGGACCAUGUCAUGUGACAUACGCCCAGAUUCAACUCAAAAAUUUGGACAACAAAAAGAAAGGAGGAAUGAUCCAAAAGAAAGUCCAGUCUACUCUGAGGUGAAGACAGGGAAAGCCAAGACCUAUUCUACAAGUUGGCACAGCUGGACCUGUUGAUGUGACCUACGCUGAGGUUGUCCUCAAAAAGAAGACCAAAGCCAAGAAGAAGAGAGAAACAACAACCCCACCAGAGGCAGAUUCAGUCUAUUCUCAACUGAAGCCAGGCACAACCCCAGGUAAGAUGCUAUUGAUACAUAUGUCAGCCUCUCACUAUAGACUUGGAUAGAUCAGCAAGGGAAUAAUGGUGAAAAGGACAUCUCAGUGUAUGAACUAGUAUGAUAUUGACUUGCUAGGGGAAAAACAAGAGGCUAGGGAUAUUACUAAUAGAUACAUAAAGGCUUAUAUUACUGUUUCCAGAAUGUUUUCUGACACUACAAAAUGAAUGACUCAUUGAAAAUAUAAACACACACAGAAUGCAAUUUAACGUGAAUAUAUUUUGAAUAAAAGAUUUGCAGUUACACAAAUACACAAGGUAAGCUACCAUGACAAAAUUAUCCACACAGCAGCAGGUAAAUUCUAUAGAUAUUUAACAAGACUUUCUGUACACUUGUAAGUGCAAUUAAGCAACAGUCUCUUUGCUAAAUGCAAUCCUUAAUCCCUUCAAAUGUAUAAGUUAUACAUCCAAAAACAAUAGUGUCUGUCUCAGUUAUCCUCGUGUCUCCAGCAGCAUCACCCUUUCCAGUGCCUCAAAAGUCCUCUGCCACAGCAAACCAGGAGUUUACGCAAUUGGCCCAGAACUUUAACAAGGCUUGUCGUUGGCUAAACCAAAUCAGUUUACUUAGUUUACAUGAACAUAAAACAUGUCCAAAUAAUUGAGUGGACUGUACAUCAAAGAAUUCAACAAACUGUGACUCUUAGAGGCCCAGUGCAAUCAAAAACAUGAUUUUUCUAUGUUUUAUAUAUAUUUCCACACUGAUGUUGCAAUAAUACUGUGAAAUUGUUAAAUUUAUAACAGUGCCCAUUUAUUUUAAAAGCGAAAAGACCGAUCGACAUUUCAGCCUGUUUUGGUGGGAAGGAAUUUUUUACAUGUCAUUUCUUUGACGCUUGCACAUGACAAUGAUAUAACAUAGGCUUAACAGCAGAGGCUGUAGUAAAAUGACAUGUUUCUAAUACAUGGUUUAUCAGGGUAUUACACUUACAUGGAACUGAUGCUCAUAUAUCAUAGUAUACUGUAUCUAUUUACAGUAUAUCUCUGUUUUAUUCUUAAGAUUUUGUUUGACUGCAUGCACAAACAAAUGUUGUGUGGUGAUAUGUUACAGGUCCUUGAGGGAGAUGGAGGUAUAAAUAACUGUGUGGUGAUAUGUUACAGGUCCUUCAGGGAGAUGGAGGGAUAAAUAUCAUUGUGUGGUGAUAUGUU